AUGACUGAAAUGCUCCCAAGAUCAGAUGAUUUGGAAGCUACAUGGAAUUUUAUCGAACCAGGUAUCAAUCAAAUCUUAGGUCAUGAAGACGCUCAUAAGCAGACAUCACAAGAUAAAAGGGUUGAUAAAAUAUUAUCACCUACUAUGUAUAUGGAGGUCUAUACCGCAAUUUACAAUUAUUGUGUAAACAAAUCACGUUCUUCUGGUCAAUUUAAUACUGAUAAACCAUCUAAUCAAUCAUCUAUCCUAGUAGGUAGCGAAAUAUAUGAAAAAUUGAAAAAUUAUCUUAAGAAAUAUCUUCUAAAUUUUGAAAAAAACCCUGAAGAAACAUUUUUACAAUUUUAUGUUAGACAUUGGAAAAGAUAUACAGUUGGUGCAAUUUUCUUGAACCAUACCUUUGAUUAUAUGAAUAGAUAUUGGGUCCAAAAGGAGAGAAGUGAUGGUAAGAGACAUAUCUUUGAUGUGAAUACAUUGUGUUUGAUUACUUGGAAAGAAGUUAUGUUUGAUCCAAAUAGUGAACUUCUUGUUAAUGAGAUUUUGGAUCAAAUCACUCUCGAAAGAGAUGGAAACGCUAUACAAAGAGGGGAUAUAACUACUUCAAUCAAAUCUUUUGUUAUGUUAGGUAUCGAUUUACAAGAUUUGAAGAAACUAAAUUUAAAUGUUUAUAUUCAAGUAUUUGAAAAGCCAUUUUUAAAGAGAACUGAAGAAUAUUACAGACAAUACUCCUUGGACUAUUUGAAGUCUCAUUCAGUGACAGAUUAUAUCUUUGAGGCACAUACCAUUAUAAAUCGUGAAGAAAAGGGUAUGGCCAUGUAUUGGGAUGAUCAUACAAAGAAACCAUUAUCUGAGACUUUGAAUGCUGUUUUAAUUAAAGAACAUAUUGAAAAGAUGGAAUCUGAUUUUGUUAAUUUGUUGGAUUCAAGGGAUAAUAAUAAGAUAUCUGCAUUAUACAAUUUGUUACAAAGAGAUUUUACAUUAUUACCAAAACUUGCCACAGCUUAUGAAGAUUAUGUAAGGCGUACAGGUGAACAUGAAGUCUCAAAUUUGAUAGAAGCCCAUAGAGCUGCUGUGAUGAGCAAUGCACCAGAGGGAGCAAAUCCAAAGAAAUUAGCUAUGACAGCAAUGCAUUCAUUCCCACCAAAGGAAUAUAUAAAGAGAUUACUUGUAGUGUAUGACACAUUCCGUGUAAUCACAUAUGAUUGUUUUGAUAACGAUGUUCUUUUCACUAAGGCACUUGAUAACGCAUGUCGUGCUUAUAUUAAUGAUAAUGAAUUUGCAUUACCACCGGGAUCUUCUAGAUCUGCUACAUCAAAGACAUCUGAAAUGUUAGCCAAGUACAGUGAUCAAUUAUUAAAGAAAUCUACAAAACCUGAGAUUACUGCCGAUAUGUCUAUUGACGAUAUUAUGGUAGUAUUCAAAUUCUUAACUGAUAAGGAUGUAUUCGAAUCACAUUAUCGUAGAUUAUUUGCAAAGAGAUUAAUUCAUGGAACCUCUAUAUGUGAUCAAGAUGAAGAGGCUGUUAUUCAAAGGUUACAAAGUGAGAAUAGUAUGGAAUACACUGGUAAGAUAACAAAGAUGUUCCAAGAUGUCAGACUUUCCAAGAUUUUGGAGACAGAAUUUGAUAUGAUGGUGAAAAAAUUACCAGAUUAUUCAAGAAGUAAAUAUCCUGAAUUACAACCAUUUGUCCUUGCUGAAAAUAUGUGGCCAUUUUCAUUUCAAGAUGUUGAAUUUAAUAUCCCACAAGAAUUAGAGAGCACUUACACAAGAUUAGCUGACAUGUAUAUUAAUAAACAUAAUGGUCGUGUCCUUAAAUGGUUAUGGCCAUUAUGUCGUGGGGAAUUAGUGGCAAAUAUUGGGAAACCAGGUCGUCCACCAUUCCAUUUCACUGUAACAUUAUUCCAAAUGAGUAUAUUAUUAUUGUUUAAUGAUACAGAUACUAUUACAUUGGAAACUAUUCAGGAUAAGACUGGAUUAUCGUUACAAAACAUUGCUGCGUCGAUGGUACCAUUCAUUAAAUUUAAAUUAGUACAACAAAUUCCAACAGGUUUAGAAGCCUUAGUGAAACCAGAGACUCAAUUUAAGAUUGCUCAGCCAUACAAGGCGUUAAAGACUAAGAUUAAUUUUGCAGGUGGUGUCAAGAACGAUAUAUUGAAUGCAUUGCAAAAUAAUAAUAAUAAUAACAGCAAUAAUAACAAUAAUAGUAAUAAUAAUGGUGCACAGGGUAAAAAUGGUAGUAAUACAAACGGUAACACAAUGACGGAGAACGAACUAAUAGAGAAGGAGCUAAAUUCUGAGAGACAGAUCUUCUUAGAGGCUUGUAUUGUCAGAAUUAUGAAGGCCAAACGUAAACUACCACAUACCAUGUUAGUAAAUGAAUGUAUUGCUCAGACACAUCAACGGUUCAAUCCUAAGGUGUCGAUGAUCAAACGAGCCAUUGAUGGGUUGAUUCAAAAGGGAUACCUGCAGAGGUGCGAUGAUGGUGAAUCUUACUCUUACCUUGCUUGA